AUGAACCAGGUGUCGACAUUUCUCGAGAACAUCAUCUCGGUGGAGGAAGCGCGGGGCGCCGACCCCGCACAAGCAGAACCAGCACCACCAAAAACACCAACACCACCACCAACAGAAACACCAACACAAACACAACCACAAACACAAACACAACCACCAACACAAACACAAACACAACCACCGCCCGCCACAGAGCAAGUGUCCGCGUUCUGGUACCUCGAGGACGACCCCCGCAAGGUGGCCAACCAGUUGACGGACCGGCUCUUGGAAAAGGUGCUCGGCGUCAUGCUCAGCGCCGAGCCGCGCGCCGGCGCCGGCCCCGACCAGCGCGCCGUGGUGGCCCGCUCGCGCCCGCCGCUCUCCGUGCACCUCAUGUCGUCCAACACCACGCAGCUCGUGCUGCGCUUGUCGCCCGUGUGCGAGGCGCUCGCCGGCGCCGCGUACUGCGCCGCGUGGCACGACCCCUGGCACACGCUCGGCGCCGCCUUGGCCGCGUCGGUGCUCGUGUUGCGGCCCUACGUGGCCACCGCCGUGCCCGCGGCCGUGGUGCUCGUGCGCUGCUUCGUGCCCAGCUACUUGCACAUGUACCCGCCGGACCCGGUGCCCGGCGCCGGCCGGCUGCUCCGGCGCAACCCCGUGCCGCACGCGGGCCCCGCGUUGGCCCGCGCGGAGCCGCCGCGGCCCGUGUCGCAGUUCUCGCGCGAGUUCGUCAUGAACUUCACCGACUUGCAGAACCUCAUGGUGGUGUACGUCCGCGCGCACGACGCGGCCGCGGGCUGGGGCCGCCACUACGUGCUGUUCGCGGACGCGCGGCUCAGCGCCGUGGUGUUCGUGGGCUUGGCCGCGUCCAUGGCGUUCAACGUGGCCGUGCUCCCGCGCCUCUUGCCGCGCGUGCUCGCGGCCGUGCCGCUCCGGGCGCUCCUCCUCGUGGCCGUGUGGCUGGCCACGGCGCUUCUGCACCCGCGCGUGCGCCGCCACGUGCUCGACGCCGUCGGCUCCGAGGACGCCCGGGUGUGGCGCCGCGACGCCAUGGACCGCGCCGAGACCGCGCUCGUGGCCGCCGUGGCCGCGCCGGCCGCCGUGCCGCCGCCGCAGACGCGCCUUGCCGAGGUCUACGAGUUGCACGUGUGGGGCGCGGCGCACGUCUGGGAGCCGGUGGGCUUCACGGGCGACUUCUAUGCGCUCAACGACCCGCGGCGCCGCCGCGGCGCGGCCGGGACGCCCUUCGGCGCUUCUGCCGGCGCUCUGGACGGGGCCGGGGCCUUGGCCGGCGCCUUGGCUGGAGCAGGUGUGGAUGGUUCCGGGGCUGAUUUCGAGGCUGGUUCAGGGGCUGGUUCCGGGGCUGGUUCCGGGGCUGGUUCCGGGGCUGGUGGUUCCGACAUCGAUCCCGGCACCGCCGGCUCCGCCGCCGACGACUGCGCGCACAUCUUCCGCAAGGCCACGUUGGCCGAGAUCAAGCCGCCCGAGCACUGGCGCUUCGCCGAGGCCGCCUGGCAGAUCGACCUCCGCCCGCGCCGCUGGGUCGCCGCCAACUGCAUCGCCGACUUGGUCAGCGUCGACGCCGACGAGAAGUGGGUCUACGACGCCACGCCCCCGCCGCACGGCGGGCCGCUCUUCCGCCGCCGCCGCUGGGUGCGCCAGUGUGUGCGCGAGCCCGCGCCGCGCGGCGAGCUGCGCGACUCGCCCGCCGCCUCGUCGUCCGAGCGCUUGUCCAAAACGCUCUCCACGCUCUUGCUGUAG